ACAACAGCAUCCGCUGGCAUGGUAUUCUUACCGUCGAAAGCCAUUCCAGAAGCAUUCGCAAAAGUCGACAAGAAACCACGUCAUGAGAAAUUAGAGAAAUACAAGAGGCCGCAGAUGUUGGAAUCUCGAGCAAAAGUGCUGGAGGAACCCACUGAGUCAGGCUACAUCUGUGGAUGGAAUGGACGGUCGACGUUUCAGGACUCGGACGGUGUGGGCUGAUUGGGGUGACGCAGCCCCGGCGAGUGGCUGCCAUUUCGGUGGCCCUGAGAGUGGCUGAGGAGAUGGGCUGUAAUCCGGGGCGGACAGUGGGUUACCAGGUGCGCUUCGACGACUGCACCUCUGAGGACACUACAAUAAAGUACAUGACUGAUGGCUGCUUGUUGCGAGAAAUUCUUCAUGACCCAGGCCUCAAUCGGUACAGCGUUGUUGUUCUGGAUGAGGCCCAUGAGAGAAGCCUCAGCACUGACAUUCUCUUCGGCUUGCUCAAAUCCCUGUCGGCACUGAGCACGACACCAUCUGUGCGCGAGGUUCCCUUGAAGGUGGUGGUGAUGUCAGCCACGCUGGAGACAGAAAAACUCUCAGAAUUCCUCUACGGCUGCCCCAUCUUCCACGUGUCGGGCAGGACUUAUCCAGUCAAGGAAUUAUUCUGUGACCUGAUUGGACCGAAGGAUAAACUUGGCAUGGGAUUAGUUAAAGAGGUUGUUAGUGUCACUUUGGACAUACACAUGAAUGAGUCAGAGGGAGACAUCCUGGUGUUUUUGACAGGGCAGUCUGAGAUUGAGCGGGCGUGUGACUCGCUUUUCCAGAAAGGAGAAUCCAUUGAUUAUCAAUAUGAUGUGAGAGAUGGAUCGGUUGAAGGAUUGCUCAUCCUGCCCCUCUAUGGCUCCAUGUCAACAGAUCAGCAAAGAAAGGUUUUCCUUCCUGCACCACCUCACAUCAGGAAAUGCAUUGUUGCUACUAAUAUAGCAGCCACUUCUUUGACUAUUGACAGAAUAAGGUAUGUUGUAGAUUGUGGCUUCGUGAAGCAGCUGAAUCACAAUCCACUUGUUGGACUAGACGUACUGGAGGUUGUUCCUAUUUCAAAAAGUGAAGCCACGCAGCGGACUGGAAGAGCUGGACGAACGUCUGCUGGAAAAUGCUACAGGAUCUACAGCAAAGAAUUCUGGGAGAAGUGCAUGCCAGAUCACAUGGUCCCGGAGAUCCAGAGAGCUAGUCUCACAUCGGUCAUCCUUACCCUGAAGUGCCUUGGUGUGAACAACGUGAUUGGGUUCCCGUAUGUGGAUAGCCCAGAGGAGAGGCACAUCCUGGAGGCGCUGAAACAGCUUUACCAGAAUGACGCCAUUGACAGGGCAGGUCACGUGACCAAACUCGGGCGGCUGAUGGUGGAGCUUCCCCUCCCACCAUCUUUGACGCGGGCUCUGAUAAAAGCCGCAGCGGUGGGCUGUGAGUGCCUUUUGCUUCCAGUGGCUGCGAUGCUCUCUGUAGAAAAUGUGUUCAUUCGCCCAGGGAAACCAGACAAGCAGAAGGAAGCUGAGCUGAGGCACCAGGAGCUGGCUCAGGAAGCAGGAGGCAGCAACGACUUUUUGACAUUACUCAGCAUCUUCGAAAAAUGCAAGACAAGUGACUCCCCGUCGUCUUGGUGCCAAAAAUACUGGAUCCACUGGCGGGCGAUAAAGAUGGCGUUUAACGUGGAGACUCAGCUCCAAGAGAUACUGAAGAAAAUGAAACAGAGGAAGGACUUUCCAACAGAGACGUACACUGGCUCCAAGUCUGAGCUAUUGAGGAGAUGUUUGUGUACUGGGUACUUCUCCAAUGUGGCCAGAAGAUCUGUCAGUAAAACUUUUCACACAAUGGAUGGACAUGGAUCUGUUGUUCACAUUCACCCAUCCUCCGUGCUGUUUGAUCAAGAGACCCAGCUGGAUUGGAUUAUUUUUCAUGAUGUUAUGGCCACAUCCAAGAUUUAUAUGCGGACUCUGUGCCCGAUUCGUUACGAGUGGGUGAAGGAUCUGCUGCCCAAGUUGCAUGAAGUUGAUGUGUACCAGCUGAGUAGUGUAGCGAGGAAUGAGGUGACCACAGAUAUGGCUGGACAGAGUCAAAACAAACACCAGGCCAAGAGAGUGUCUGAACAAGCUCAUGAAGAUGCUCUGAGGAAGCUGGAAAAGAGGAAUGAUGAGACGUCCAUAUCAGAUGCUCGAGCUCGAUACCUUCAGCGCAAGAUGGAUAAGUCGCAGAACUGGGCGGGGCAGUGAAGGUGCAGAAGAGAUGGGAGGAAAUGAUGACUGCAUAGGAACCCAUCUCAAUAUCAGGAAUGAAUGGUAUUCAAGGUCCACAGAUAUUAGAGAGAAUAUUGAUUAUCUGCAGGGACAAAUGUCAUCUCUCUGAGCCAUUGUACACGUGGAGUUGAGUCGAAGUGCUGGUGGGGUUAGAGUGGUGGACAUUGACACAGGAUAUACCCAUCAGUGCAUGGGCCAAUCAGCCCCCCCACCUCUUUGUACUGUGUUCAAACCAAUGAUCGAUCUCAUCACACUGUGAUUGCACACCCAGCCAGUGUUCUAGACAGGGAGCAUGACUGGGCUAUUUAGGCAAAGUCCAUUAUAAAUGUGGAAAGAGGAAUUUAUGAUGUAAAAAGUUGACAGACCACCUAAAGUGAUCACCUUUAAAGUGAGAAAAUGUGAACUGCCUCUCAAAUCCCUUUCCUCGGGUAAAAAUCAUCUUAAACCAAAUAGCUCAGAAUAUCUGAUGUUUUCUCUAAUGGCCACUCUGCCACCUGCCGUGAAAUGCUGCCUUGCUACCAUCAGAAUACUUACCGUGAUACUGGGUUUAGACAGGUUGGAACCCACUAUGCAGGGGUUCAUAGUUAGGUGAUUCAGAUUGCACUUUUCCAGCAGACUGAACGGAAGAGGGACAGAAAUGGUGGAUAAAAUGCAGUAAUUGCAGGGUGGUGAUGUAUGAAUAGUUGUCGCGUUAAAUGAUUCCUAUAUUUUUAUGUCACUUCCGUCUGAUUUAUUUUUAUAACUUUUUUUAACAAAUUCUGAUAAUAACUUGCUUAUGAUAAAGAAAGAAACUGCUUUAAAAUAUCAUGUGUAAUAUUCCAUUUUCAAUAAAAUGUGUUACAAACUAA